AUGCUCCUCACCGGCCCCAACAUGGGCGGAAAGUCGACGUUGUUGCGCCAAGUCGCCGUCGCCGUGAUCAUGGCGCAGUGCGGUUGCUACGUCCCCGCCGCGUCCGCCUCGCUCCACGUCGUCGACGCCGUCGCGUGUCGCAUCGGCGCGGGCGACGGCAUCGCGAGCGGCGUAAGCACGUUCCUCGCGGAGAUGUCUGAGACGUCCGCGGCGUUGCGGCGGGCGACGAAGGCGCGUUCUAUCUUACACUGGUCCCCAUACGACCGCCGAUCGUUGCUGAUCGUCGACGAGCUCGGGCGCGGGACGUCCACGACGGACGGCUACGCGAUCGCGUUCGCGGUGCUGACGUCGAUCGCGCGUCAGACGAGGUGUCGGUGUCUCUUCGCGACGCAUUUUCAUCAGCUCGCGGAGGACGUCGGGGACGACCGCGGCGUCGUCGCCGCGCACAUGGCGGCGGCGACGACGGCGCGAGAGGGAAACGGAAACGGAAACGGCGGCGGCGGCGGCGGCGGCGGUUGCUUUUCGGACAUCACGUUCGAGUACAAGCUCACGCCCGGGCCGGCGCCGCUGGGGUCGUGCGCGCUGAACGUCGCGCGUCUCGCAGGGUUCCCGGAGAAGGUCUUGAAGAACGCCGCGGAGGUCGCGAGCUCGUCGCGGACGUUCAUCCCUCGGCCGAAGCGGCCGCGGCCGGCGGCGGCGGCGGAAGCGCCCGGUCCCCUGUCCCCCGAGGCGUGGCAGUGCUUCAAGGAGGUGGUCACCGACCCGGCGGUGCGCGGGGUCCCGGGCGCGGUCGCCGACGACGCGUGGGCGAGGAAGUUUUACGCGCUGUGGAAGCGGUGCCGCGCGCUGAAGCUCUGA